UAAAAUGAGUUUUUCCUUACAUUUUGUUUGCUUGCUGUUUUUCUUGGACACUGCUGUGGUCCAAGCCGACGACACAGCAGACCUGAAACGCAGGUUGGAACUCCUGGAGUUAAAACUGGCUGAUGUAAAUGCACGUGAAAUGCACCAGAGUGAGCUCAAUAAACAUCAAGAAAAGCUACUGCAGCAUCAAAAUAAAAGAAUCCAAAAGCUUGAAUCAGCCGUUAAACAUUGCAAGAUGACAACUGAUGACUCCUUGGAGGAAGACAGAUUGCGUGAAAAUGAGAUGAGUUACUCCAAAACAGCAGGAUCCGACAUUACCAACUCAGCAACUGGCAUCACAUCCGAAGCCGAUUUAAGACAAACAAUAGACAGGAACGAGCAGACAAAAUUAGAAAACAAACGGAUUGUAUUUGAAGGACCAGUAGCAUUCACGGCGAUCAAAAUUGCAAACCAAAUCAACAUAGGAGUUAACCAGAACAUCGAAUUUGAACAAGUGGUCCUGAACGAAGGUGGUGGGUACCAUUCCAGCAAUGGACUAUUCAUCGCACCAGCAGCGGGUAUCUACAUGUUCGCGGUCACACUGUUGCGAGAGCCCUCUGACAGCUACCUUCACGGCCAAAUUGUACACGCAGGGAACGUAGUGGCUAAAAUCCACGGCACCCCGGACUCCAGCACGUGGGAUCAGGGAAGUCAGACGGUCUUCAUCAAGUUGAAUGUCGGUGAAGAAGUUUGGAUCCGCAAUGGUGAUUAUGCUCGAGAGCACAUCCAUGGGGACCUCUUUUCAUCGUUCUCAGGAUACUUGCUUUAUCCACUUUGAGUAACCGUUUCGGUGUAAAAGUAUGAAUAAAGAUUCUGAAUUGAAA